CCCUCUGACGCUUCACAGUCACAGCGGCGCGCACCGUCGCGUCUUCCCGGUUUUCCCCGCUCCAAACCCUCCCAAAACUCAAACAACACCGCCCACCGCCUCCCGUCCCGUCCGGCCGUCCCCACCACGCUUCUCGUUCUCGACCAUGUCGUUUGCCGACGAGGACGACGACGAGGCCUUCCUCCUCGCCCUCGACGCCGCGGAGGCAGCCGCGCUGGACUCCUCCAAGCGCCGCCGCCUCUCCACCACCUCGUCCUCAUCGACCCCCUCAACCUCACCCGCCACCCCUGAGGGGCCCUACCUGGCCGCGCUCAAGGGAAGCCACAGCUCCACCUGGAAACAGCAGAUGCAUGGAUAUGCCCACAAGCAGCCCCACGGCUCCAAACCCCUAGCCCCGGGUACCGGAGGGGCCCAGGUGGCGAGCGGAGCGUGCUUCAAGUGCGGGGACCCCGGGCACUGGGCGCGGGACUGCCCUCAAUCGGUUCCGAACACGGGUGGAGGAGGUCAGAUCGGCGUCGGCGGUGGAUAUGUGAAUGCGGACAUGAAGGUGGAGGACAAGGCGUGCCCCUGCGGUGCCGGGACCUGUCUCGUGCUCACUUCCAACACGCUGAAGAACCCCGGUCGCAAGUUCUACAAGUGCCCCACGCGGGAUGGGGGUUGCAACUUCUUCGAGUGGUGUGAUGCUCCAUCUCCUGCCCCUGCAAAUGCACGAAAUAACAUGGUUUUACACUCAGAGACGUCAGCAACAGAUAUGCUUUGCCCAUGCGGUGCUGGAACUUGCUUAAUUCUCACCACGAAGACAGGGAAAAAUGUUGGGAGGCAGUUUUUUCGCUGCCCAUUAAAUCAGGGUGGUGGCUCUUGUGGCUUUUUCAAGUGGUGUGAUGAGCAACAGCCUAGGGUAGGUGCACCACUGCAGCAGCAAGCUUCACCGCAAUACCAAGCGGAUUCUAUGUCAAGCAUCCAAAACCCCAGCCAGAGGAGCUCGUCUUCCUGCUUCAAGUGCGGCCAGGAGAACCACUGGGCGAGGGACUGUCCGAAUCAAUCGUCGGAUCCUUAUCCUGACAAGGGUGGGAGACCAAUAACCUCAUCGAGCUCACCUGGUGCGUGCUACAACUGUGGUCGGCCUGGUCACUGGUCCCGCGACUGCCCAACCUCGAAUAGUGGUGGUGGUGGUAGUGGUGGUACCGGCACCAACCGUGCCAAGUCGUCCUCUGCUUUGAGCUCGUGGAAUAGUCAGAGAUACUGAUUGCUGGCUCCUGUGAACUCAAUUGAACUGACACGGACAUGCUGUACGAAACUUGGACAAUUGCCCCCCCAGCCACGUGUUGCUUAGGUGUGUGUUCACGUCGAUGCCUUUUGCUACUCUACGCUAUCGCUAGGUAAGAGAGAACUGUGGCUGUUCUCUUCCUUCACCCUCACCCUGUUUUUUUUUUUAUCUCUGUCGAACUUGGGUUUACUACUGUUUUAAUAUCUACUCUAGGAACUUGCACUUAUCUUUGUCCAUGCAUUUCCAUAAACUUCCAUGCUUCUGUUCUGUU